AUGAAUUCCAGUGGAGUGGUCCAAUUCAUUGGCGGAGUCGACCCUGAUGUGGAAAUACCUUUUAUUGCUGCAGAAGAAGAUACUGGGCCUAUUGCUAGAGCCCUUGUGCUUGAGUCAGCUGCAAAGGAAGUUAUCGGUUAUAGAGCCCGCAUAACGCUGCGCGACCUCAUUCAAACCUUCUCGCAGGUGACCGGUAUGAAAGCUGAAGCCGUCGUGCUACCCAAGGGGGAGUCAGUUGUUCUAUUUCCCACUGAACUACAGCGGGAACUCGACGACAACUGGGCGUAUUGGAAGGAGUUUGGAUACUACGGAGCAAUCCAGCUGUCGUAA